CGUCCAUGCAGUAUUAGUCGCCUACACAACAUCUUUGAAUGAACAUGUGGUUCGUUGUGCUGAUGAUCGUCUUUGCCAGUGCCCAGUCCACAGCGCAGAACUCCACGACUUAUCUGCACAUCGACCAGUCCACUGGACAGACUCUUACAUGUUCGAGAUGUGAGCCCGGUUAUCGACUUCUUGACCAUUGUACUGCCACCCAGCCUACAAAGUGUAUGCAGUGCCAAAACGGUCUUUAUACUGAGUGUUGGAACUACGUCCCCGACUGCCUUAUAUGCGACACUUGCUACGAAAACCAAGUAAUCUCACAGCCGUGUUCGCCUUCUCAAAACACCAAGUGCGCUUGUAAAGAGGGUUACUUUUGGAAUACUUACUACUGCAAAAGACACAAAAUGUGUCCUUCUGGACACGGUGUUAAGACGAAAGGCACAUCAUAUGAAGAUACUGAAUGUGUCCUUUGUCCAAGUGGAUCUUACGCAGUUGGAAAACUAGGGCAUGCUACUUGUGAAGUACACACCAAGUGUGAAUUAAAGGGAUGUAAAACCGUACUGAAGGGGACGAUUUGGCAUGAUAAUAUCUGCGUUUGUUGUGAUUCCAUCCAUGAAGAUGGGGUUGAAUACCUUCGUAGCAUCCUUCCUGAUUUCUUCAUCCAUAACAACUUGAUUAAAAAUAAACGACUAGCAAGGAUGUUCCAAAAAUCAAACAAGAGAUUCCGCAUAAAGAGGAACAGAAGACCUGAAAUGAAUGACCCUCUUGUGCACAUCAUGGCUUGGGUCAGCAAAGCUAGUGUGCAGGAUCUUAGAAAAUUGCCAGAGAUGCUUGAAAAAGUGAAUAUUUACCAUGCAGCUGAAAAACUUGACCGUAAAAUGACAAGACUAGAUAAAGAAGUGAAAACAUGCAUUGGGUCAAAAACGAACACAAUAGACAUGCAUUGACCUGAACACGAGGCCUUUUUACAUGUAUGCAAGUUAGUAAUGGUUUUAUACUGUGUGUAUUUAUUCUAUUUUUAUAUCAUUCAUAGAAACGGGAACUUAAUCAUAUGAAUGAUUUCUUGUGUAAAAUAUGUUAGCAAAUUAACUUUAAUCACAAUACAUUAAUAAAGCACU